UAUUUUAUUUUUUCUUCUUCGUCUAGUCAGGCAGAGAGAAGCGUCGGUCAAUGGGUUUAAGUCGCCGGGCCAAAGCCGCCGAGUCGCCGGCCACAACGGCGUCGACGUCCUCGAGACUCUUGGCAUUCUUCUCGCACAAGAAGCAGGACGGCCAAGUGGAGGAAGAUAAACGGCCGCACCUCCGCAUACGGGCCAAAAAGUCCAAAAACCGGACCAAACGCAGCAGGAGCAGGAGCUUCAGCGGAGAAGAAGAGAGCGACACCUUGGCCGGCUCGGCCAACGCGAAGCUGUAUCCGCCGCCCAAUGGUCGGGCCAAUGUGCAACUGGCUGCUCGAGUCGCACGUGACAAUUGUGCCGGCGUCUUCCCCCAGCGCUCGUCCCGCUCGUCGUCAUUGCGCUACUCAACCAGGUCAUCUGAGUCUUCGUCGUCGUCAAGAUCCUCGGGGUCUUCGCUGCGGAGAGAACGCAGACAAAAUUUAGCUUUAGUAUUCGAACGGGAUCACGACGCCCGCCGCAGAUCGUCGUCCGACGUUUCGUCCGUGGAUUCCGAGGCGCGGUCGCUAGCUUCACCAUCGAACGCCGGUCAACGAGAAAUGUGGCGCGAGAGCUCCGUGAACGAGUUUCUGAGCUGUUUCCCGCGAGAUCUAAUCGCAGACGUUCGAACCACGUGCCACGUCAAGAGCCCGAGGCGGUCGAAAGCCUACAUGCGCGGCCUGAUUGUGUCGUUGGAGUUUGAGAUUCGAGGAACUAAGUGGGCCGCCUACUUUCUCCAGAUCGUGCACAAUGCUCGCAAGCAGAAGCGGAUCUCGCUGCGGUCGGCCGUAUCGGUCAAGUGGGCCAUUUGUGCGCAUGCGCAGGGUGAAGCUCUUGCUCGACAGGAGGAGCAGAAGCGGUCGGACAUGACGCUGCAGCACAAAAUGACAGAGUAUCGCGUGGCCCUGCAGUGUGUGGCCGGCACAAGUGUCGUCAAGUUUGGCCGCAAGGGCAAGCCCCAUGCCACGAACCUGUGCGUAGAGAACGGCGACACUUUGCGCUGGACUUCGAAGCUGCUUGCCAAGGCCACGCACAUUGCUGUCGACGGCGUGGCGGCCACAACCACCAUGGGCAAGAAGCGCGUCAAGGCCAAGAACGCCAUCCCACUGGCCAGCAUUCUACGAGUCACCUCAGGUCCUUCGACUAGUGUCCUGACCCGAGCAUUGCACAAAGGAACGUUGCAUCUGAACGACUCUGGCUGCACGUUGUCAGUGGUAACGCACACUCGCACGUUGGAUCUCAAGGCCAAGACGGCCGAAGAAAGGGAAUGGCUACAGCGCAGUCUGGAGUUCCUAGUAGAUCUUGCUCGUGAUCACGAGCGACGGGUGGCUCAGCAAGUGGAGCUGACAAUUAUGAAGCGCAUGGAGAACUUACCUGUGUGGAAGUACGGCCGUAAGGGCAAACCGCACAAGACACGCGUCUUCGUAGAUCGGUUCGGUGAGGUGUCGUGGCUCGGCCGCAGCGGAGACUCACUGCAGCUCGAUGAGAUCAUUUCAGUGCAUGAAGGCCACCGUACGCCUGUGUUUGCUAGAGCUCGAGCAGUUGGGUUGGUAUCUUCAGCUAAGGGGGCUCACUGUUUCUCCCUAGUGACGUCGGUGCGGUCACUGGAUAUUGAGGCAGUGAACGAGCAACAACGCGACUGGUUUGUGGUGGCCUUCCGGUAUCUACUGGACAAGGUGCACGAGAAGACUGCGGCCAUGCAACGCGAGCGCGCUGAGAGACAACUUCGCAUGCUGCAAGAUCUCAGUCGCGAGGACGAAGAUGAUUACCUCAAUGGGGACGGCGACGAUAUCUACUACGAUGAUCUCCCACCAGCACGACAUGCAUAA